AUGGCUUUGAGGGCUUUCUUGAUCACCAUAAUUGUUGCAUUAGUUGCGGCUCCGGCUGCUGUUGCCACCGAUUAUAUGGUUGGAGACAACUCCGGUUGGACCUUAGGCGUUAAUUACACUGCUUGGGCGGAGGGCAAAGACUUCCGUGUUGGUGACACCAUCAUGUUUAUGUAUAAACCUGGAGUUCACAACGUAAUGAAAGUGAAUGGGUCUGAUUUCCAAAAAUGCGCUUCUUCAAACGCAACGGCGGUCCCACGUACUACCGGAAAUGACGUGAUUCCUCUUGCGACACCUGGCAAGAGGUGGUAUAUUUGUACCAUUGGUGAGCAUUGCUCCAAGGGGAUGAAGCUCGUCAUCACCGUAUCGGCGGCCGAGGGGCCGUCUCCCGCCCCAUCCUCGGCUACUUCGGCCGCCACUGGGGCUGAAGUCUCUGCCUUGAGAUCUUGUGUGUGGGUACUUGCAGCCAUGGCUGCCUAUAAGAUGAUUAUGGCUUAA